CUUGUUACAGAUUAUUCUGACACCACCGCGCACCAGUCGCACGCGCAACGACAAUCAUGAAGCUUAUUUUAACACUAUUGGUACUCGUGGCAGCAGCCAUAGGCCAGCAAGAUACAGUCCAACAAGACAACCUCCUUACGGAAGCAAGCAACCAAUUCACGGCAAAAAUGUUCUCUGAAGUGGUAAUGAGCAACCCGAAUAAAAGUGUGGUAUUGUCUGCGUUCUCUGUGUUCACUCCUCUGGCCCAACUUAGUUUGGCAUCGGAAGGCGCAACCCAUGAUGAGCUUCUCACGGCCAUUGGUCUCCGUAACGAUAUUGAUACAAAAGCUGCGUUUCCUCGGCUGAACGACAAGUUGCAAUCAGUAAGAGGUAUAGAGCUCAAAACAGCUAGCAAAAUAUAUGUUGCUGAGCAUUUUGAGUUGAAUCCAGAAUUUUCUGACGUCAUCAAAGAUGUCUUCAAGUCUGAGGUGAAGAACGUAGAUUUUACGAAGAACACAGAAACCGCAAAAGAAAUCAAUAGUUGGGUCGAAGAUCAAACCAACAAACGUAUCAAAGAUUUAGUAUCGGCAGAUAGCUUAGAUUCCGACACUCGCAGUGUACUGGUCAACGCUAUUUAUUUCAAAGGUCUUUGGAACAGACCUUUCAACAAUGAAAACACCGAGGAGGAAGACUUCCACGUUUCUAAAGACAAAACAAUCAAAGUUCCAAUGAUGCACAUACGAAGCUUCUUCAGCUAUUAUGAUAGCGUCGAGUUGAAUGCUCAGGUGCUGGAGCUCCCUUAUUCAGGACUUCAAGCCUCUUUCAUCGUGAUUCUACCCAAAGAAGUUGACGGUCUUGAUGCUCUCGUAGAAAAACUUAAAGAUCCUUCCGCCUUGACAUCAGCUACUUCAAAGAUGUCCACUUUUACCGUUAAUGUAGCAUUGCCUAAAUUCAAGAUUGAAACCGAAAUUAAUCUUAAGGAUGUUCUUAAAAAACUCGAUGUGAAACGGAUUUUUGAACCUCAACAAGCCCAAUUGAGUCGUUUGUUAAAGAGCGGAGAAAGGCUGUACGUGAGUAAAGCCGUCCAAAAAGCAUUUAUUGAAGUCAAUGAACAAGGUGCUGAAGCAGCUACUGGAAAUGCAUUCAGACCAGUAGCUCUCAGCAUGCCCCCGCCAGCCAAAUUUACAGCGAACCAUCCGUUUGUCUUCGUCCUAAAGGCAGGAGAUAACACACUGUUUAAUGGCGUAUAUCAUUCUUAGGACUAAAACAAAUCUUUUUGUUUGUAAUUGUGUUACUAAAACACAUCCGGUUUGAAAAAA